AUGGCGACACGACGCUCUAACGCAGUCCCGGCAACUGGGGAAAAGACCGGCGGUGCUGAAGAUUUCAAGCAGCCGCUGGGACAGCCGUCUAUUACUGCUCCUGCUGUGCCAAUGCAUGUUAUCGUCAAGCUCCUCGCCUUCACCUUUGCUAUGGUCGUCGUGCCAAUUGGCUCCUACUUCCUGACGCUGGAUUUGGUGUUCUCUGGCAACUCGACAUUCGCAGGCGCCACAGCUGCGAUCAUGGCUAACGUGGUGCUGGUGGGCUACAUCAUCGUAGCCAUGCGAGAAGACCAAAGCGAGGCCAUCGAGGCCGCAGAGCGGGAGAAGAAAGGGCGCUGA